AUGAUUGAAGCUAAACGUCAAGGUGAAAAAUACAGUCUACUACGACACCACUCAGCUGGUUGGUCAUCAUGUUAUUCUGAUGAUUAUUUAGUUCAACUCUAUGUAGCUGAUUUAGAUAUAUAUAAUGAUAAGAAAAUGAUAUUUAUCGAUGUCGGUGCAAAUAAAGGAUAUACAAUUGCUACUUGGUUGUCACUUUGGAUGCCACAUCUUGGUAUUAAUCCUCGAGUUUUAGGUGAUUAUUUACGCACUAAAAUAAACUUAAAUGAUUGUGGUGCAUGUGGUGAUUGUCGAGAAGAAGGUUUUUUAAAGUUUAACUCGAGUCUACGUAUUAACAAGGCUAUUGAAAUAUAUGCAUUUGAACCGCAACCAAAAACGUAUGAAAUAUUGACACAAAUAAAACAAUGGAUGAAUGCAUCAUUUAUGUAUAUAUAUCAAACUGCGUUAGGUAAUCAAACCGCAAUUGGUUCUUUACAAAAAUGCCCGCCAGGAGGCGAAGUCUGUGGAUUAGAAACAAAAGCUAAUAUAAAAUCUGAAAGUUAUAUUGCAACAAAAGUUACAACGUUAGAUAAAUUUUUAGAAGAGCAAAAUAUUACAGAAAAAAUCGAUUUAUUAAAAAUUGAUACCGAAGGUUUUGAUCCAUUAGUUAUUCAAGGUGCAAAAGAUAGUCUAAAUCGACAUCAAGUAAGACUAUUUAUCUUUGAAUAUCAUGGUAUUGGAAUAUGGCCAACAACAACUCUUUAUCAAGUGGUGAGGGAUCUCGAACGCAAAGAUUAUGUAUGUUAUAAAAUAGGUCAGACUGGUAUAUUACGUUUAACUGGUUGUUGGUCAUCGGUUUUUGAAAUAAAAACUUGGAGUAAUGUUCUAUGUAUAUCAAGACGUGAACCAAGAUUAAUUUCAUUUAUUGAAAAACUACUUAUCCCAUUUUAG